ACUGCAGCCGUCCGGACUCGGGGCGCUCGAGCUAGAGCUUGCCCAGCAUGCCCUCAACGCCGCGGCUUCCUCCACCCAUAUCGAUACCUCUCAGAAAGCAUAGCAUGAGACCUGGAGACAUUGUCAAGUAGCAUUUGACGAUGCACAAGCGGCGCAAUACCAGCACUACCUAUGGGCCCUGCAUGGUGGGCAUCAUGUCCGAAGUAUCAACCGAUCCAGACGAAAAGUGUUGGAUCGCUCAGGCCAAAAACCUGGAAGGUAUAUUUCAUCGACCGGCGACUGCAGCCAUCUCGUGUGCUUGCCAAAUAGCGCCCACACUGGGGGAAUGCUACUGGUGGCCAGAUCCUGCAACACUGACGCUCGCAGGUCUAGACGUGGCAAGAGAGUCUCAUACCGCCAAUCAAACGAUUGGAGCGAAAGUUGCACGUUGUGACCACUCCUCACGCUAUAGCGCUGUCCGCGGCUCUCGCAGCAAACAAGCUGGACAAAUACGGCCCGUGGAUCCGAUCCGUCUCAAUACCUUGCAUUCUGCCGGCGGGGCUGUAAUAUAUCUUAGCCUUGGCUGCCAUCACUUCAAGUCUAAUCCUGUUUCGCAUCGACAAACGAUUGGAACGGUAAAGUACGUAGCGGACCGGGGCAGUCUUGACAGCUGCAAUGAAGAUCCCAUGUGGCACCAACUUAGCAUUUGCCCUGCACCCACCCAUGCUCUGAGCGAUCUGGAUCGUAUCUGGUGGCAUACCAUCUCUCUCAAGCUUGAACAUCGUAACAGGCCACCAUCUUGGUGUUACAAUCCGCAGUUUUCGUUACGCGAUGACAACACAUGCUCCCUUCCCAAGGAACGGCAAUAUGCAGCUGGUCUUUGCGACUGGCCCUCGCAAUACGCUAUGGUUUUCCGCUAAGUGCUAGUACGGACUACUGUAUAUUACAGGUCGUCAUUCGUGACGGAUCUUCCGGACGGGCAGCAGCCUCUUGCGAGCCGUCCGAAAAUGCAUGCUGGGGCGAGGUGUUUCAUCCAUCC